ACGUGGACGCGGCCGCCGCCACCGCCGCCGCGCGGGAGUCGCUGUCCGCGGAGCCGACAUGCAGGCGGCGCGGGGCGGCGCGGGGCGGCCGGGCCGCGGGCCGGAGCGCGAGCGCGAGCUGCCGCCGGGCUCCGGAGCCGCGUCCCCCUGCGCCGCCCCGGGCCUGCCGGCCGGAGGAACCACCAUGCACCCCGGGCCGCCGAGCGCCUGGCCGCCCCGCGCCCGCGCCGCGCUCCGCCUGUGGCUGGGCUGCGUCUGCUUCGCGCUGGUGCAGGCGGACAGUCCCUCAGCCCCAGUGAACGUCACCGUCAGGCACCUCAAGGCCAACUCUGCAGUGGUGAGCUGGGAUGUUUUGGAGGAUGAGGUUGUCAUCGGAUUUGCCAUCUCCCAGCAGAAGAAGGAUGUGCGGAUGCUGCGCUUCAUCCAGGAGGUGAACACCACCACCCGCUCAUGUGCCCUCUGGGACCUGGAGGAGGAUACGGAGUAUAUUGUGCACGUGCAGGCCAUCUCCAUUCAGGGCCAGAGCCCGGCCAGCGAGCCUGUGCUCUUCAAGACCCCGCGCGAGGCUGAGAAGAUGGCCUCCAAGAACAAAGAUGAGGUCACCAUGAAAGAGAUGGGGAGGAACCAACAGCUGCGGACAGGCGAGGUGCUGAUCAUCGUUGUGGUCUUGUUCAUGUGGGCAGGUGUCAUUGCCCUCUUCUGCCGCCAGUAUGACAUUAUCAAGGACAAUGAACCCAAUAACAACAAGGAAAAAACCAAGAGUGCAUCAGAAACAAGCACACCAGAGCACCAGGGCGGGGGGCUUCUCCGGAGCAAGAUAUGAAAACCUUUUCAGUGCUUGCUGUGAGCAGCUAAGAAGACAGACAGUAGAGAAUGUGAGAGGAUCUCAUGGUUCUGACGAUGACUAUCCAACAAACAUCUGGCCCUCUCUACAUCUCCUCUUCCCUCCAUCUCCUUGUACCCUCUGGCUUACUGUCCUCUCUCUGGCGCACUUUCCUGAAGCCUCUUAUUAACCCCCAUCUCCAGAAGCAUCUCAACAAUGUCAGUGGCUGAGGCUGCACUCAGAGGGAUGACUGCUGGGGGGUAGACUGGGUGCCAGGGGCCAUGGGCCCAGGACUCAGUCUUAGCCAUUCAGUUGAGUGAGGCUGAAGGCUGGGUUUGAAAAGGGAGAAAGACAAGACAUCCAGGCAGGGCUUUUUUCUUUCCACAAGGGACAAAAGCCUGGCUUAUUUAGGCUGCAGCCCUGCUGCUCCUCCCUUCUGUCCUCUGUUUCCAGCCUUGCAAGAAGUCUAUUCAAUUAGUUCUGGCCACUUCUCUCAUUUUUUUCCUCCCAUUUCCAAACAAGCCCUCAGUGAACAUCAUUGAAGCGUGACUGCCUGUCUGCAGGGAGGAUUCCAUUUAUUUUCUCAGCUGGUCCCCAGGCCCAUGGGCACAGGGAGAAGGAUGACUGCAGCAGAGGGGAGGAGGCACAGCUAGCUGUACAGUUCUCUCUUCUCCUUGCCCUGGUCAGAUGAAGGAGGCUGAACUACAAACCCAAAUUCUGCACAAAAAAUAAAAAUAAGCCACAAAACUAAAAGGCCUGGCCCCAUUCUGGAAAAGGCAAAGCUGCAUGAGACACAGCCUUCUGCUUCCUCGCCUCUCCUGGACUGGCUUCCUCUUUGAGAAAAUGCACAAAGCCCUGGGAGAUGACAAGCACGAGGGCUGACUCAAGCUGUGUCUUUCAGACCAAGGAACUUCAGAGAAGCUGUGGGGCUGCCUGCCAUGCAGGAUCAUGGCUGCCAUCAAGCCUUUUCUGGAACCAGCCAUCAAGGACAUGCUUGUGGUGUGAUGCACACCUUUGCAAGUGUGUAAGAUGUUACCUGGUUUGUCUCUUUUGGAAAACAAAAAUCAGAGGGCUGCACUCUGGAGAGCAGAGAGACUCCCCCAAGGACUGAGCUGGUUGCCUGCAUCCUCUAUCUUCUUUGACCCUUAUGACUAUAAGAUCAUCAGUUUGGGGUCUUAGGAAGACCUGGAAGGUACUGGUCCAAUUUAUUUAGGAAGUAUCUCUUGAAGUUUCAGAAAUGCUAGCUUGGACAACUGAAAAGUCACAUUACAUCUGGCAUUCUGGGGGUUACUGAAACACCCCUUUUGUAGUGGAAGCUGCUAGAAGGCAGGCCUGGGCCAUUCACCAUGGACAGGCAGAGCAGCCCUGGCUAUCACCAUUGGUCUCUGGGGUCUUCGUAUCUUGCCAUCUCAUCCAGAGUUCUAUGAAAGUUACCCAGGGUCCUCAUGUCCUUCCUUAGAGCCCAAGUCGUGUGACGUGACAGGUCUCUCUCUCCACUGCCCCUUUCUGGUUUAAAAAAAAAUGGUGCUUGAUGAGGGAAGGUAGGCUCUUCCCUAAGACUGACGAGGUAUGGCUGCUAGAUGCCUGCAUGGGCAGAGGUGGAUCUCUGCAUCUUCCAUUGAUGGCCAAGGAUGGGUGUGGGAGAACCACACCUAGCACAAGCCUGGUACUCAGUAAAUAUUUGUUGAAAUGAAUGAUAAGAGCAUUGGUCCCCAAGCCAGAGAGCCAGAAGCCAUCACCCAAUGACCGCCCCUUCCGUCUGGUCUACAAGAGCUCUCAAGGCUGGGUCUGCCACUACUCUGCUUUGCCCAAGUGUGGCAGCACUGGGGAGGAGAGACCGGAUAAAGGGCAGAUGUCAGCAAUACUAAGGGCUUCCUCAUGGGAGGGCAUAAGGCUCCACUCAUUGUCUUGUGACUUCCAUCCCUGCUGAAUGGGGCUGCAAGGCCAAGGCUCCUUAGGGGAGAGGUCCUUACCUCUGAUCCACUUAGAGCAAUAACCACUUUUUAAAUGUAAAAUAAAAAGACAAAUGAAAAGGCA